AUGGGAGAAGUCACGCAAAUGAUCACACGGCGGAUUGAAGACACUCACAUUGUGAAGUCGUGGCCAGAAUCAGUGCUCUGUUACAACGAAGACGGAAUCCUAGGGCUUGGCUGUGUGGUGGCGGUACGGGUGACAAAAAUUACCUCAGAUGGCCAAUCAGAACGCGGAGCUGGAAGGGUUCUGACCCGGCAAUACGUAACGGCGCGCAUGCCGCCGCAUCGCUUAGUCAGGACACCGUAUGAUUGCUGUAUCGCGGCAUCCGAACCCUGGAAGUCAGGAAGCCAGGAAGCAUCCAUCACCUUACCUUGUAUGCGACAGGCGACAAGGCGACGAGUGUGGGCUGGCGUGCUCCGGAAACGGAUGGAGCGAUGGCCGUUGCGGCCAGAUGAGCCCCGCAUUGGAUGGCCAGCCACAUCAACAGACAUGUCGAUAAUAUCCGAACAAGUUCGACGGCUAGAUACGCAGAUCGACAGGAUCCAAUUUCACCUCUCGGAAUCCGCCCAAAAGUCUGCUGCGGUUGCCGCCAUCACCCAACAGCCAGCAGACGUACACGAGGAAGAAGCAUCCGCUGCAACCCAGCAGACCAUCGCUACCUUAACCGCAAUCGCAAGAGCGCUCUCCGUAGGCUCUCCGUCACGCCCACUCCUGCACCCUUCCCAUCUCCUGCAGCUUCUCCAUCGAUCAGUGGCCCCCUCUGUCCAACCCACUUCUGCAGCGUUAGAAGAUGGCUACAUCUCAGACCUCCAAUGGAUCAUUGCGGCAAAGGCCUCUGUCCAGGGGCUGGGGUUGGUGAUGCGGGCGUUGCUGGAGGAGAGCAUACCGCUAAAUGACAGCAUCUGGUACUGGGAUGAAGUCCUGAGCUCCCAUAUCUACACCGGCCUCUAUACCAUGCAGAUGCUGCCCGUCAGGCUCUGGCAACAGGCGCGGGGCAUCUUCCACACGUUCCGGCGGCGGCGAAUGGAGGCGCGGGUUAUGGGCAUGGGCGCUUCAUCCCUGUCGCUGUCCGGUCGCUGGAGGAAUUUCUACAGCAUUGUCCACCAGAGUAUCAAGGAGCGGUCGCUGGUGCAGUCGAAGAUGAUGAGGAUUUUGUCGCCGUUUGCGUUGUGUCGGUCUCAGGUACGAUCGAAGCGGAAGCAUUUGAGGAAGGUUCGGGAGGUCAAUGCCUGUGCGAUUGGAUUGCUUGUGGAGGAAGGACUUGUUUUCGAGAUGGAAGACGAAGACUCUGGAUAUGGCGAUAAUGGAAAUGUCGAGAAGCUUGGAGAUUGGAAGGAUGUGGUUCGACGGACUGUCGUUCUCCUCCGUGUCGUCCUGGAGAAAGUUGGUGGGGGUGCCGGCAAGAUUGCCGUGUUUGAAAAUACCGUGUUUGUGGAUGUUGAACACCUAGUUCAUGCUGUAGAGCAUCCGUCGCACAUUUUCCAGCAACUCAUCCAGGUUUUGGAGGAAUCCUUGCCCGGCCAACGGGCCUCUACUGCGGCUAUGAUCAAUAAAUACGGCUACCCUUCUAGAAUCAUCCGUUACUGGAUUCCUGUCUCAAUCCUGUUCUUCUCUCUCGGAACCAUACUAAAUACAUUAACUAAUAGACGUGUAGAGAUAUGGACCUGGAUCUCCGAGCUUGGUUCCACAAUGGUUGAUUUCUGGGCGAAUUGGGUCAUCGAUCCCUUACGGAGACUCAUCGGGACGAUACGGCACGACGAGACGAGCGAGGUUGCCAUAAUGAGCAAGCACAGCCUGCAAGCAGACCGAGCUAGUCUCGAGAGGAUGGUUGUUGACUUUGCCACGGACGUCUCAGGCCAUAAGUCGUGGACGCAGGCCGAGAUCGAUGUGCUCCGGUCUGAAGUCAAAGAGGGAGAUCUUACUCCGGUCCUAAAAGCCUACGAGCGGGAUUUGAAAAACCCUUUCUUUGGAACAGUGCGGGGAGACUUAAUUCUGGAUGUUGAAAUUGCAAUUGGAGGCAUCGACGCGCUGUUGAAAAGCCAAGAAUUGGUUUUUGGAUUUGUCGGUCUCACCCCGGGAAUUCUCGUUUCCUACGCUGUAUUCCGAUGGGUCACCGGAACAUUCGGAAACAGGGCCGGCCUCCGGCGAGGGAAGAAGCAAGAAGAUAUGGUCCGCGCACUCAGCGCCGUCCAUCGCGUCCUGACGGCCUCCACCACAACCCACGACGGCAUUCUCUCCUGCAAGGACCACGGCCUUCUGCUCUGCGAGACCGAUAUCCUCUGCCAAAGGGCUCAGAAUCUUCUCCCGGGGGCUACAUAUCACGAGUUCCAGGAGGACAUCCGUGAUCUUUUGAACGUGCGUGUUGGCAUUACGCGGCAAUUGCGCAUCUUGGAGCGUGUGCGAUGGGCGUAUGCGAAAUGGACGCGCUGA